GUUAUAGGGGGGGAGAGAGGGUCUACAGCACGCUGAGGAGUGUGUGUGUGUGAGUGUGUGUGUGUGUGUGUAUGAGGUGUUAUGUAUGAAAAGCCCAUCAUGUUGAACCUCCAAAACAGCUCCAACUGGACCAACCCAGACAACUGGUACCACCAGACCAACACAAUAACCCCGCAGCAUGCAGCAGAUGGCUGUGUGGAGGAUAUGAACCUGCGGAUGGUGGGAGGAGCGGAGCGAGUGGUGCAGGGAGAGAGGGAUGAGGCGGACGAGUCUCAGCUCCACCUGCAGCUGAAGAGGAAGCUCCAGAGGAACCGCACCAGCUUCAGCCAAGAGCAGAUCGAUGCUCUGGAGAAAGAGUUUGAGAGAACACAUUACCCAGAUGUCUUUGCCAGAGAGAGACUGGCAGCCAAAAUUGACCUUCCUGAAGCUCGUAUACAGGUGUGGUUCUCCAAUCGGAGAGCUAAGUGGAGGAGGGAGGAGAAACUGAGGAACCAAAAGAGGUUAGGGGGCGGGACUUCCUGUUCCCAAACGCACACACCGCUGAGCACAUCCUUCAACUCACCUGUCUAUCACUCUCACCACGGCAACAGCUCUGCCUCAUUACACACUCGGAGCGACGCCUCUCUCUCCGGCUACGGCUCUCUCUCUGUGUUCUCCAGCGUGCAGUCUUUGCCCCCUCAGUCCACCCCAUCUUACUCCAGCAUGCUGACCCCCUCUCCUUCUGGUCCUCCUCCUCUACCUCGUAAAUUUGACUCCACCUCCUACUCCUCCCCUCACCUCCCUCCACCUCCCACAGCCAGCACAAAUACAGGUUUUCUCCCCGGCGUGUCAGUCACAGGGCCGGUAGCCGUGCAGGCCAGCGAUCAGGACAUGGGUCAGGGUCUGGGUCAGUACUGGACCAGGCUGCAGUGA